ACUCUUUGCUGACAAAGAGUAACCUAUUCACUACCAUUCACUACCUUAAACGUUUUUACUUUUUUGUCAAACGAAAAUUGUUGAUAUCGUUGAAAUGGUGAUGAAUUUUGUGUGUGUGAAUUUGGUUUCGCUAAUUAUUUAAACGUUAUAAAUAAUAGUUAAGAAUUCUACACAAUCAUGGCGACAUCAAGCGAUACUUCUGAUCAGAAUGUAAAGAGUAGGCGUCCUGCAGAGUCUGCCUUCAAACAGCAGCGAUUGCCUGCUUGGCAACCGAUUCUUACUGCGGGUACUGUUCUGCCGACCUUUUUUGUGAUAGGUAUUGCAUUUAUUCCCGUGGGCAUUGGAUUACUUUACUUCUCCGAUGAGGUAAAGGAACAUGUGAUAGACUACACAUACUGCAUGAAAGAAAAUGAGAAUAUAACCUGUGCUGAAUAUAUCAGGCAAAACAAUAUGACAGCCUGCACCUGCCUAAUUGAAUUUAACUUAACACAAGAUUUUAAGGGGGAUGUGUAUUUCUAUUAUGGACUCUCCAAUUACUACCAGAAUCAUCGAAGAUAUGUCAAAUCCAGAGACGACAAUCAACUUCUUGGCCGUCUUACUAGUCAACCAUCAGGAGACUGUGAACCCUUUGCAUCUGACAAUGGAGUGCCGAUAGCACCUUGUGGUGCCAUUGCCAACUCUUUGUUCAAUGAUUCACUAUCAGUAACAUCAAAAGACAUGAACAUGGAUGUGCCAGUGCUAAGGACAGGUAUUGCUUGGACUUCGGAUAAAAAUAUCAAGUUUCGUAACCCUCCAGGCCAAGAUCUGAAAACUGCAUUUGCAAACUACACGAAACCCAUUAACUGGCGUCGUCAUGUUUGGGAGUUGGAUCCAAAUAACACGGAAAAUAAUGGUUUUCUGAACGAAGACUUGAUUGUAUGGAUGCGCACCGCGGCCCUACCGACGUUCCGCAAGCUGUACCGAAGAGUGGACCACACGCAACGGGGAUUUAUAUCCGGACUUGUCUCAGGCCUUUACGUGCUUCGAGUUGAAUAUAAUUACCCGGUCAUAGACUUCGACGGGCGGAAGUCCUUUGUAAUAUCGACGACGUCGCUGCUGGGCGGCAAGAACCCGUUCCUGGGCGUCGCGUACGUGGUGGUGGGCACGCUGUGUCUGCUGCUGGGCAUCGUGCUGCUCGUCAUACAUGUCCGCUGCUCUAAGAGCACUACAGAGAUGAUCAACGUGAAUCCACGCACGCCUUAUUCUUAAAGAGUCGCUGCAAUAUGUAUCAAUCGAAAGGAAAACGAAAGCAUGCCAAACGGUUUUAGCAUUUGAUAUUAGGUUGCGUUUAAAGGGCCUUGCUUGUACACAUUAGUACAAUACACUCCGCCAAUGCCCUCCGUGAAUAUAGCGCAUACAUUUGCCGCUUGUGGCCAGCAUACGCUGGUUUUCAAUCCACGUUGCGUAUGCACAUUGUAGCCACGAUUCAGGAAAUAAUAAAUAAAUAAAAUAGCUUACAUGCACUUAUUACUAGAUACAAUGAUUUCAUUUAGUUUCUUAUUAACAUUAUAUAAUAUUUCAGAAAAUACAAACUAAUAAUGACCUUUGGUUGUCGUUCCAAUCAUACAUCAAAAGUAUUUCAUUAUACAUACUUUCAUAAAAUCUAGUUUACUUAAACAUUAUGAUUUUGAGGUUGUUUCUCAGUAACACUUGAAACCUUCUUGAAACAAAAAGCAUUCUUGUUUAUACGCUCUUAUGUCAAAAUCUACAAAUUGACAGUAAAAAACACUGGAUUCAUUUUAAUAAAAGGCUUUGAUUUUUGACUAUGGUUUGAAACCAGCGAUAUAAAAUCAAAGCCUCUCAAUCGAAGUUCAUGUAUUCCGGGCUUUACUAUUAUUUUAAGAACUUUGUAUUACACCUAGUAUUUUUAGAAAAUUUUCACGUUAGAAUUGUAUAAGUAAUUUAUAAAAAAUUUAUCAAAAAAGACCACUCUUUUUUACAUGCAUAAUUAUUUUAUUUUUGUUCUAGAUAUUUUAGAAGUCUAAUGAUAAUAGUGCUAAUUCUAUUGAACACAAACUUUAAAUCAAACUAAAUUGAUUUGUUUGCUUUUUUUUCCGCACGUAACAUUGUGUAAAAGUUCAAAGAUCCAUCAAUUAAUUGUCAAUUUAGUUAAAUGAUGGUGUACUUACGUACAACCGAAUUAGCACUUAUUUACUUUAAAUUUAAAUAUUGUGAUAUGUUUGUUUGACCAUUCAUUUGUUAAUGUUAAAUAUUGUUGAUAUAGAUAUAAUAUGAACUUAUUAUUUAGCUGUAAGUAUGGUUUGUUUUUCAUGCAUUUUUAAGCAAUUAAAAAUCAAUAAUAAAAAUAUACUUAUCUAUGACUGUAACAACUAACUAUAAUAGCAAUCUGUAAUUUUUAUGAAACAGGAAAUAUUGUUCAUAGAAAUAGUAUUUACAAUUUGAAAAAUAUUUGUAAUAUAAUUAACUUUAUUUCACAUACAUAUACUGUGUAAUCUAUGUCUAAUAUUAUAAAAUACAUACCUAAAAAUACCACAGACUUAAAAAUAUUUAAACCCAAAAAUAGAGAUUAGCAUUGCGUCUAACAUCUAAGUGCCUUUUAGAAAAGUAAUGUAUUCAUAAUAUUAUUAACAACUUAUUACACUUACUUAUUUAUAUUUAGAUAUAAAGAAAGUAGAAGUAUUCCCUUUUUAAACAAUCCACAGUAUGUACUUAUAUAAAUUUUCUAAUAGAGAAAAUGAAGAUGUGGGGUUGCGGCCAUUGCAUAAUCAUUUAUUAAAAAGAAACAGAACUCUUGUAGGAUCGCUCGUGUGUCUGUCCGUCUGUUACGGUCAAUUUCCUCCGAAUCUACUAGACCGAUUAAGUUGUUUUUUUCAAGUUUGUUUAAGUUAAGUUCACCCAAAAUACUGAAUUUAAAGUUAAUAAAUGAAUUUUGAAUAUGUAGGUCACUUUUCGGGGGCGAAAAUUUAAAAAUGUAGACUCAAGCUCUAUUUUUUUGGGUAUCGUUGCCAUCUCACAGUGGCCGCUACAUAGCGUCAAAUGCCGUCUCUGAUUAGUUACCUAUCUAAGGAAACAAGAUGGUAUCGGUUUUAAAAACCGAUCAAAAUUUUAAUAUUAACUAGUUCUCAGUUUAUUUAUAUUUGAUUGUAAGUGCGCUCUCUUUAAAGCUGAUCGUACAUUAGGUACAGCUUUCAACAAUCUUUAUGGCCGCUUUCAACAAGAACAUUUGGAUGCGUACAACGUACAGGUAUCAACCGGGCAUAGCAAGCGCGCUUGGUAUGCACAAGUUAGCGCGCUUAGAGUUGUAUUUCAAUGAAAAGAAGCGAAAAAGAAGUGGUGAGCGGGGACGUGUGUUUUCGUUUUUAACCAUGACUUGAUAAAAAUAUGAUCUCUAAUAAUAAUUUGAUUGAUCUAUUGAACACGUCUCCACGUUUCAGUGGAAAUACACCCUUAUAAUCUCACCGCGUGGUUAAAAGCGGCCAUAAAGAUAAGAGUUGUACUUACACUACACGCCUCAUGAGCGUGAUGACGCCAUAGAAUUUUUGGCGCGUCAGAUGUGAGCGUCGCGUACUGAUGACGUCAUUCUAAUUUUUAUUACUGGAAAUACGUUGCAGCACGCUGUGUGUGUUUUAAUGUGCGAUCAGUAUAAUCUUUUGAAAUUAUACACUUUUUUGUCUCGGAUCUUAAUAUUGGCUUUGGAUUAGAUGUUACAUUCAAUUUAGAUUUGCAUUUAGGUACUUAGAAUAUUUCCAAAAAAAUAACUCUAGUUAAGUAUAAACUUAUUAGUUGUCUAUCUUGAUGUUUCACGAAAUAAAUGUUUUAAAAUUGUUAA